CACCACGGCGCUCUGGCCCGGGUGAUGGAGCGACACCCUGUCUCAAAAACAGCAGCAACAAAAAUAAUUCUUCCAGCGGUGAGAUAAGCCCAACUUCCAACUCGAUAAGCCCCGCUCUCCCUCCCGUUGUGGGUUGGGUUGGGCCGUGUGCUCCAGAAAGGAGUGUUGAGGCCCUAAUUCCCAAUACUGGUGAAAGGAGUGACUCGGAAACAGGUCUUUGUCAGCGCAACUAGCAUACGACCCGUUCGAUAUAGCAACAGUGGACACCAGGCUCCAGAACAGGCAGAGAGCUGCUGUUUAGAGCCACCCGGUUCCUGCCGUUUUGCCACGGUCACCCGGAAACAAACACACCCGCUUCGGUCCAGACCGUGUGGAGGAGACCAGCCACUGUCCAUGCCAAGAAAUGACUAAUCAAUGCAGGCGAUGGGCCGGUGUAUGGGUUUGGGAUCGGUUUGGGAUCGGUUUGGGAUCGGCUCUACGGCUGAGGUCUGGAAGGCACCGGGCGGGCUGUUCCAGGGCCGUGCACGCUUCCAGGGCAGAGGGCGUGAGGGGCAGGCAGGGCACCGCCCACACGCGUGUGAUCCCUUCAUAAGCUCAGUGGAAUUUUGCUGGGGCGGUCCGUGCAGCCGAAAUAAGGCGGGAGCCUCAGGCGGCCACUCCCAGCUGGCUGGCUCGCUCUGCAGCGGGGACCUUGCUGCCGUCGUUCGGGGGGCUCUCACAACCGGGAGGAAAAUGGGGUCCCCCCAGGACGACGCCUACCGCCUCCUGAACGAGUACUCCAACGGCUUCAUGGUGUCCCAGGUUCUGUUCGCCGCCUGUGAGCUGGGCGUGUUCGACCUCCUCGCCCAGGCCCCGGGGCCCCUGGACUCGGCUGCGGCGGCCUCCCGUCUGGGCUGCAGCCCCCACGGGACAGAGCUGCUGCUGGACACCUGCGCCGCCCUGAAGCUGCUCAAGGUAGAAGUGAGAGGAGGAAGAGCGUUCUACCGAAACUCGGAGCUGUCCAGCACCUACCUGGCCAGCGGCAGCCCCACGUGCCAGCGCAACAUGUUGCUCUACAUGGCCAGAACGACCUACCGCUGCUGGGCCCACCUGGCCGAGGCCGUGAGAGAAGGGAAGAACCGGUACCUGCAGGUGUUUGGCGUUCCCUCAGAAGAGCUCUUCAGUGCCAUCUACAGGUCGGACGCGGAGCGGCUGCGGUUCACGCGGGGCCUGCAGGAGGUCUGGAGCGUCGCCGGCCGCAGCGUGCUGGCCGCCUUCGACCUGUCCCCGUUCCCGCUCGUCUGCGACCUCGGGGGCGGCUCCGGGGCGCUGGCCAGGGAGUGCGCGUCUCUGUACCCCGGCUGCCAGGUCACCGUGUUCGACAUCCCGGAGGUGGUGCGCGCGGCCCGGGAGCACGGCGCGUUCCCCGCGGAAGGACGGGUCGGCUUCCGCGAAGGUGGUGGCCUCCUGGUGGUGGAGAGCCUGCUGGAUGAAGACGGGCGCGGCCCCCUCACCACGCAGCUGUACUCGCUGAACAUGCUGGUGCAGACGGAAGGGCGGGAGCGCACCCCCAGCCAGUACCGCGCCCUCCUCGCCUCUGCCGGCUUCCACGGCUUCCAGUUCAAGAAGACGGGCGGCAUUUAUGAUGCCAUUCUGGCCAGGAAUUAGCGCC